AUGGUUCUCCUCAACACCACUCCCCAGAUCCUAUCCGCCAUCUCGUCCCUCUCCACCUCCGAGCGCACAUCACUCGGUACUGACCUCGACCUCCCCACUACGACCAGUGCCCCCAUCGAGCACAAUACUCUCAUUGCACUCUCCCGGCUCACCAAGCGAUUCACGCUCAACACCCUAUUACACGGCACUCACGUCUACAUCGCGCCUGCGCCAUCGAAGCCCGAGCCCUCGCCGCAGUAUGUGGAACUCAUGGCACGGCUGCGCAGGGAGCAGGAGCAGCGCGAGUACGCCGCCCUAGUGUCGAAGCGGAGAGUCGAGGAGGAACUGGCCACGGGCGGACACGAUGACAUAAGUCCAUCGCUCGUGCUGAAUAUUCUGCUCAGUGUGGUCAUGUGUGCUGCGGCCAUGUUGUACCUGACUAGAUGGUGGAACAACGACGGUGUUCGAGUUCUUGUGUCGCUCGGCACAGGGUUCGUCGUCGGAAUUGCUGAAGUGACUGUCUAUGCUGCCUAUCUGCGGAACGUGCGGGUCAGUAGAGAGAAGGAGAGUGCCAAGCGUGAGAAGAAGCAGUUUAUUGCAGAGUUUCGCGGCGAUGAGCCCCCCAUACCGUUGCAUCAUAUCGUCGAUGAAAGCCAAGAGAUUUGGGGUCGUGGAAAACAUGGUGGCAUGAGAAGACGAGUGCGAGAAAAAUGGGAGAAGGACCAGGACAAGAAGAAUUCCUAA